AUGGAAAAAAAUACGGAGCCUAAUGUCGAAGAAAGUCGACAUAGUCCACGAAAGGCAACGGUGUCAAAAUUGGGGUCUGAUACUACUCCAGGCUUGUCGCUGGCACCGGUAGCGGUGGAGCGGCCGGCGCAGCCCGCGCUCGAUCGUUCGGCGCCCUCUAGCCCCGAGUUGACAGCGACGUCGGUGGCGGCGACCUCAGCGGUUAGUUACGCGGCAGUGGCCAGUAAGGCAGCGAAACCGACAGCCAGCGAUACCAAUACCAAUACAUGGACUGUAGUUAAAGGGAAAAAGAAGAUCAGACCAUGA